AUGGUCCUCGUCCUCGUCAUUGGCGACCUACACAUUCCUCACCGCAUUCAUGACUUGCCCGCCAAGUUCAAGAAGCUUCUAGUUCCGGGUAAAAUACAGCAAAUAAUCUGCACGGGCAACGUUUGUGACAAAGAGACUCUGGACUACCUUCGCAGUGUUGCUCCAGACGUACAUGUCGUUCGAGGCGAUUAUGACGAGAACCCAGCAUUCCCGUUCUCUGUAACUCUGACCCACGCGCCAAUACGGAUUGGCGCUAUUCAUGGUCACCAGUGUAUACCUGCUGGUGACCUCGACUCUCUAAGCGCCAUCGCUCGUCAGAUGGACGUUGACGUACUUAUCUCUGGACAUACGCAUGUCUUCCAGGCCACAGAAUAUGACAACAAGUUCUUCCUUAACCCGGGAACUGCAACAGGAGCCUGGACGGGCUCAUUUACUGAUGACCCGCCCCCAUCCUUCGCUUUGAUGGAUGUUCAAGGACCUGUGAUCGUCACGUAUCUUUACCAGUUACACGAAGGCGAAGUCCGGGUGGAAAAGAUUGAGUGGAGACGCGAAGUGGCACCCAUUGCUUCUCCUGCACCCAAGCCGUCCGCUCUUCCGCAGUCCAAUCCUACGAGUCCCGCACCAACGCAGCAGAGUGUUUGGUCGUAGGGAUGACAUGACUGAAAGGAGGCAAAUUCACGAUUGUCUGUACGCUACUUAAUUUAUCAUACUUUCAUCGAUGAUACUGCACUAGCCGUCUCGGAAGGCGAUGAUUUAGGAAUUACUGCCCUGACACUCGCUCUGUGUUACGUUCACUCUUCCCGAAGUUAUUUAACGUAUGGCUGAUCUCGACUCUUUUGGCCGCGGC